AGGAACGGUCAAAAUCACACCAUAGAGGAACAAAAGGUGCUGCUGGCCGCCAUUUUGUGAAUUGCUGGAGGUUGCUGACGAGCGGCGACAGAGAGGCUCAUACGCAUCUUUCCAGUUAUUCUGACUAGAGCUUCAGCAUAAUUUUAAGGCUGCUUUUAUUUUUUACAUUAAAUUCACCACAAAAAAGAUGUCCCGGGACAGAUUCAGGAAUCGCGGCGGAUUUCAACGCAGCAGAGGCGGCGGAGGGAUGCGAGGCGGAAUGGGCAACCCAAAUUUCAGAAGUCAGAACCAGCAUCCCUUCCAGAAUCGAGGCCCGCAGGCCGGAAUGAACCACGGUCCGCCCAUGAGCCAAGGUCCUCCGCCGAAACCCGCGACGCCUCAGCCUCCGCCAGUCGUGGCCCAGGCCGGAGUCCCGACGACCACGACCCAGCCGCCUCCCCCGCAGGCGAACAAGUCCCCGACACAGACAGUCCCGGCGGUGCAGCCGAGCCCGAAGCUGCACUCCCCGCCGCCUAAACCGGGCCUGUCGUCGCCGCAGGUCAAUAAGAACCAGGCGAACGCGGGGCUCGGGAACGGACAGAAGCCCGUGCAGAACAAGGCGCCUCCGGCCCAGGACCGGGAGAGACGGGACGCGAAGGACGAGGAAGCGAGCGAGCAGCAGCAGUCGGAAUCAAAGGCAACGCUCUCUUUGCUGCGGAAGCCCGGAGAGAAGACGUACACACAGCGCUGCAGGCUCUUCAUUGGAAAUCUGCCCAACGACAUCACAGAGGAGGAGUUCAUGAAGCUGUUUUCAAAGUAUGGGGAGCCCAGUGAAAUCUUUAUCAACAAGAACAAAGGCUUCGGCUUCAUCCGUCUGGAGUCCCGUGCACUGGCUGAGAUUGCCAAGGCGGAGCUGGAUGACGUGCCUAUGAAAGGCCGUCAGCUCCGUGUGCGUUUCGCCACACACUCUGCUGCGCUGUCAGUCCGCAACCUGUCCCCCUACGUUUCCAAUGAGCUGCUGGAAGAGGCCUUUUCACAGUUCGGUCAAGUCGAGAGGGCUGUGGUCAUAGUAGAUGAUCGAGGCCGCUCCCUGGGGAAAGGAAUUGUGGAAUUCGCCUCAAAACCUGCUGCCCGAAAGGCCAUGGAACGCUGCAAUGAAGGGGUGUUCCUGCUCACCUCGUCUCCUCGGCCUGUUGUAGUGGAGCCUCUAGAACAGUUUGAUGAUGAGGAUGGUCUGCCAGAGAAGCUGGCACAGAAGAAUCCAAUGUACCAAAAGGAGCGCGAGCAGCCUCCUCGCUUCGCCCGCCCUGGCACCUUUGAGUUUGAGUAUUCCCAGCGCUGGAAGUCACUCGAUGAGAUGGAGAAGCAGCAGAGGCAGCAGGUGGAGAAGAACAUCCGUGAAGCACGAGAGAAGUUGGAAAGCGAGAUGGAGGAUGCCUACCACGAGCACCAGGCCAACAUGCUCCGACAGGACUUGCUUAGGCGACAGGAGGAGCUGCGUCGCAUGGAGGAGCUCCACAGCCAGGAGAUGCAGAAGCGCAAGGAAAUGCAGCUCAGACAAGAGGAGGAGCGCCGCCGACGUGAAGAGGAGAUGCUCCGUCAGAGAGAAAUGGAAGAACAGAUGCGACGGCAACGGGAGGAAUCGUAUCGCAUGGGUGGUUACAUGGACAGCAGGGACCGUGAGAUGAGGCUGGGUGGGGGUGGAGCUAUGGGCAUGUCAGACAUGCCCUUUGGAUCACCCAGUCAGAAAUUCCCCAUGGGCGGCAUGGGUUUUGAGGGACACCAGGCUAUGGGGGCAUCCACGGCAGGCAGCAUGGGUGGUGCCAUGAUGCCCAACGAAAUGCGCAAUGAGCGAUUCCCUCAGGGUGGCCCUGGAGGUCCCCGUGGGAUGGGACCCGGGACCCAAGGGUUUGGCCGAGUGCGCGAGGAAUUUGACGGGCCUGCCAAGAAGCCCCGUUUCUAAUGCUACGUGUGGUCCUGCUUGAAAAAGCAGCACUUCUGGGUAGCUUCUCCUUAGUGAUGACAUCAUGUAUUUAAGUGGAAAUUUUUCAUUUUAGCCAGAAGAUAAGGAAUGUUCACAGACAUUUCUUCCUUUCUUUUUAUUUUGUAUUUGAAGUAGUAUGUAAAGUGGAAAACUGGUAAGAUGUCUCUCUACCCAGACCAACAUUAUUUUCCUGUUCAGUUAUGUUUUGUGACUCAUGUCUUGGUGAUAUUUGUAAGUUUCUCAUUCUUUCUACGGCUGUGUUUUUGUGCCAUUUAACAUUUGAACCUGUAACUUUACAAUAAAGAGUGUAAUUGGUUGUUUAUUUCCAAACCUCGGUUCCAAGUUUGUUAUAAAUAUUAAUAUAAGCUCUUUCUUAUGCAGCCAAAAUCAAUGGCUGUGAAGCCUUUAGAUGCUUUUCCAACUAGGGCUGAGGAGCAGAAUGUUGUGGAUGCUCAGAUACCGGUAUAGAUUGGGUCCUGUCCCGGUGGUGGUCGAGCUUUUCCGAUGCCUCCACCUUGUAUGGCGUGCAUCGAGAAUGCAACAGGUUCUGACUUUACAUGGAUUUAAGUGCCAGCAGGAGACAGUUGUUUUGAACAGUUCCUGGCUUUGUCUCAGAAUGUAACUUGACAUAAAUGUGAAUCUAAAUGUAUAUGACUUUAUCAAGACCAUAUUUUGACUUGCAUCAUUUUAAGAACUUGACUGCAAGUAUAUGAUAUCAGUAAGAGUAUAUCCAGCAAAACAUGCUGUAAAAUAGCUUUGACAGGCAUUGGAACCUAGACUUAUAUUCAAAUUGAGAAAUGAGCACCCAGAUAUUGGUGGUACAGCUGAAAUGUUACAGCUUGGCCAGUGCUUGCAAGCCUACGGCAACUUGGUAAUCCCCAUAUCACCUUUGAUUGUGAACUUUAAGGUGCCAAGCAGCAGACUGUGGUCACUGUACUGUGCAUAUUUGGCACUACAGGCUGAUGCUCAUCUUCCAGCAGUUGGCUGCAUGCAGUACAAAUACAGCUGAAAUACAGUGAUGGAGGGCAGUUUUUGGUGACUACUAGAAUACUGAAGUGCGAAAAGGCAGAAAGUAACACGUGCAGUUUUACUGCAGCUAAACAAUCAAAUUACUGCAUUGGAGCAUUAUUUGAAUUUUCAUAAUUGAGUGGGGAAAAUGCUGUUUGAAUGUUUUAUAAGCUUAAUUUUGAACUGCCCUUUUUUUUUUUUCUCUUCCCCUAAAGGGAACUUAAUGCAGCAGUGAAUUACUGUUUUGCUCCUAUGCUGAGUACAUUGGGCUCACAUUUGUACACGGAUGGUAAAUGAAAUAUUGUCUUCCUUCACUAAACUGAUGUGUGAACCUGCUCUAAAGGUGUAUUUUGUUAAAAGAACUGCUUAACUACCACUUGCGUAAAUAGGGGAAAACUGUUGCUGAGACAAUGUUCAUCCACCUUUUUUUUUUUCUUUUUUGUGGAACCAGACAUUCUCUUUUCAAUAAAGAUUCAGAAAAACACAUUUUAACGAGUACUAUAAUCACUCAUAACCCCUUUGACUUGAGCCAUAAUCAUUUUUCACAGUUCCAUUUUCUCUUCAAGGUGAAAUUAUUGAAGGCAUUCGUUUUGCCUUUUUAAUGCCUUUUACGGGAGAUGACCUUACACUAUGGUAAAAGUCCAAAGAUUUGAGAAAUCCAAAAUUGCCACAACCUGAGUGGGUGAUAGGAACGGUUUCCCUUGACCUUGUGGAGCAGUGUCAUCAAGACUUGUAUUUUGAAUUUAAAUUUCUGUUCUUUUAAGGCAUCUCUAGUGAACAGAUGACUUCACACUGAAUUUUAGGAUGCAAAUUGCAUAUGUCCAAACUCAUAAGGAAAGAUUCUUCAAACAACUUGUCUCUGUGUGUCUGAAACACUGACUGCUCUCCAUUGUCAUGAAGUGGGUUACAGAGUUGGUAACCAUGAGCAGUUUUAUUAUUGGGCUCUUACCUCGGUGUAAUUUUAAUAUGAAUGAGUCGACCCUUGUGUUCCGUCUUCAAAGUGCCAGUCAGUCCUGGCCUUGGGUGCGAUGUGUUUAUGAAGACUUUAGUAGGAUGACACAGCCUUUUGUUAGCUUCUAAAGCCUUGUCACUAGUAUCUCUGCACUCAGCCAUGUCUUGUUUAUCCUGGAAGUAAAUGCAUUUUGAAUAGCUACCCAGUGGACUGCAGCCCAUUGCAAAUACGCUGUGGCUGGAGGAGCCUGAACUUGCUGGAUGUUCUUGAACAGCCUAGGAAUACCUUUAACCCAUUAACUCUGCUCUCUUUCAUGUGGUCGUCAUGUUGGAUUUUGCUGUACAUUUCUUUCCUUAACAGGUUUUACUCAGCAGUCUUGAACUGCAAGAUGACAGGAGAAACCAGUAGUCCCCACUGUCCAACUCUUAAAGUGGCCUUUGGUGCUCUUUACCUGUGCAUUAUGGUAAAAAGUACAUCUAUUAAUUACACUGGUUGACUUGCACCAUAGAGAAGGAUGAUGCAUCGUUACUGAAAAUUCACUAGUUGCCUUUGAAUUAGUCAUUGGCUUGACAGAUUUUUCAGAAUUGAUACCCCCCCCCCCCCCCCCCCCCCCACAACAUCCUAACAGCCUUGUAUUUGCUGUUGACUUCAUACACAUUUCUGUAAUCAGCACUUUGAGCAAUGUGUGAAGUCCCAGAUUUGGACACCGAAGAUCGACUGUUUUGAAUGGAGUCAUCGCGGAUCCUCAGAACAAAAGUUAACCACGGAUGGACACCUGACUCUCGUGGCUGCUAAUUUUAAGUUUUUUCGCAACCGACACUGGCCAUUAUGUGUGACUUUGUUCUCAGCAGUGUGCAUUUUUGGCAGUGUAUUAUUGGAGCUCUGUGCUUGGCAUUACAUAGAUUUUUUUUUUUUAUUUUAUUUUUUGGAAGGUGAACUGUAUUUGUCUCUUUAAAGAGACAUUUAAAAAAAUCAAGUCAGUGUAGGUUUUUUACGGGGCAGUCUUUAGGAGUGUGCAUCAAGCUAUUUACAUCACUACUGUCCCUUUUUUUCUUUUGUUAGCUAUGACCCCCAGCCAUACCUGUUCUCACUACAGAGAUUGUUUUUGGCAAUCAGCUAACUGCUUGAAGAUAGGAAGAUAAACAUGUUUUUGAAAGUAAAGAUAAGGUUAAAGCUAAAGCUGCCAAAAGAACAGUAACAGUUGGGCCUCCCCAGUUGUGUACCUUUUAAAAAA